UUGGUGUCGUCGUGUUUGUGCUAUUGUUUUUUUUUUGUAUCCAGUAAUUACUGUAAAAUACUGGCAUAUGUUGGAUUUCGAAUAGCCACGAAGUUCUGCGGUUUUGGCGCAAUGGCGCAAAUUGAAGAUCCUGAAUUCGUGGACACUGAGGAGUUCAUGAUGAAACGCAGCCUCCUAGCGAAGAGCAAACGGGCUAUCAUCGUCCGCAGCCCAGCCGGCAUCACGGAGUACCGCUGCGUGGAGUGCCCCAUGGGCUUCAAUGAGAAGGCUGAUAUGGAGCAGCACUUGGCUGUACAUAAUCAGGAGUACAGGUUUCUUUGUGGGAUCUGUGGGACUGCACUAAAACGCAAGGAGCACUUAGACCGCCAUACCCUGGAACACAAAGAAGUCCGGCCCCACAUCUGCCCGGACUGCGGCAAGGGCUUCAAGAGGAAGGAGCACCUGAACAUACACCGCACCAUACAUAGCGGGGAGAAGAACCACAUAUGCCCACUCUGUGACAAAUCAUUCUACAGAAAAGACCACCUCCAAAAGCACCUUCAAACCCAUAACAAAAUGUUCAUUGAGCAGAACAUUUACCCCGUGAGUGACCAGGAACUACUCGGCAUUAAACAAGAGGUCACUGAUGAAGAGCAAGACGAAGUUAUGACGGAGAUUCCCGACUCGGGCCUGGGCCAGCCAGCGGACCCGGAGCGGCCUCACAUCUGCCCCAUCUGUCACAAGGGGUUCAAACGGAAAGACCACCUCAAGCUGCACAGCGUGAGCCACCUGGCGAGGGACAAGCUCUGUCCACACUGCGGGAAAGCCUUCCGAACAGACGAUCAGCUGCACAACCACAUGAUAACACACGUUAAACUGGACUCCCCGGCGAGCGAGGAACCCUACUUGAUGGAAGACGAAGAUGUACAGCAGGAAGAAGACUCCCUCCUAAUUCCUCGCGUCUCAAUGCAAGAGGGCGAACAGACAUACUACUCGGCGGAGGACGAGCGGCCGCACUCCUGCAAGCUGUGCGGGCGCCGCUUCAAGCGCAAGCAGCACCUCAAAGUGCACGCCAACGUACACGCCAGGAACCAGCCGCCCACCAUUUGGUGCUCCAUAUGCAGCGAAGGUUUCUUCAACAACAGCCAAUUCGAGAGCCACGAGUGUAUGGGCGCCGACCCUGAAGAGACGCCGACCAACCAGGAGAACAGCUACCCGGCGCAGGACAAUGUAGAGAUAAUGAACAUCCCGAUAGUGACGGAGGAACCGGAGUCGCCCGGCUUGCCCGUCCCGCGACGCGUGUUCGUGUGCAAGUACUGCGGGAAGCCCUUCAAGCGCAAGGACCACUACCGCAUCCACCUGCACGUGCAUACCGGCGUCAAGUCCUUCUUCUGCGAGGACUGCGGGAAAGGCUUCUACCGCAAGGACCACCUCCAGAAGCACUCGCAGGUGCACACCCGGGCGCGGCCGCACCGCUCGCCGCCGCGCAAGCCCAGGAAGGAGAUGCCGGAGCUGUUCCCCAUACACAUGCUCAAGAAACCCGACACGAGGGCCAGCGUCAAACCCGAGAUCACUAUCACUGCGCCGUCGAACACAAAACUACGAGUACCGCUGCAAAUGAAGGUGCCGUACCAGGUGGUGACGUCACUCGACAACGGCGAGCGCCGCGUCACCACCGUCGACCCGCGCGACCUGCUCGCCUGAUACCGGCUCAUGUACGGCUAGCAGUACCACACAAUAACAUUAUAUAUAACAAACAAUAUUACAUACAAUGGUCAUGAUGCCCCUUGCCUGAGUGGAACUACCUCACCCCGCGACAUUUUGACUGAAGGUUAAAGGAAUCUCAGUUCGAGAAGCACCGUCGACCUAAGCGACUUACUCUCCUGAUAUGAGCUCAUGUAUGGCUAGUACUACUGAUAAAAAAGUGUGUGCGUGUAAUAUUUACGCGCGAUUGAAGUAAAACUUUGACGAUGACGUGUGUCGCUAUUUUGGCACUUUGAUGUGUGUCCUAUUGUGCGUGUGUCACUACUGAGCGUUACUUCUGUCAGAAAAAAUCUGAGUUACCCUCUAGUCGCGCCUAAAUAAGUUUUACUUCAAUAAUGUUACAUACGGAAUGCCCACUAUCCACCCCUUCGCGUCAGCAAAUGCAAUGACGAAACGUGCGGCUACCACAGAAUAAUUCGUAUAUUCAUUGACGAAACGUGCGGCUACCACAGAAUAAUUCGUAUAUUCAUACACAAUGGCCACCCUGAAUGGGUCAGUGACUAAAGAUUGACCAAUUGUUGGUUUGAUUAGCGACGUGAUGACGGAACGUUCAAAAUGCCGUCACUACACACAAGAAAUAAAACAAUAUGAUAAAGACAGAAUGAAGAUUGUGUUUCGCGUGCUAACAAUUUUAACAUAACAUUACAAUUACUUUUAAGUUAAAGAGAUUUAAAAUGAAGUUUUGAUCUCAUACAUUUAAGUUUGUUGAACAAGUAUAAAUCAACCAGUUAAUUAUAAGUAAUUUUAACAGAAUGUGAUAACUGAUAAUCUGUAUCCUGUAUCCAUUAUUAAUAAAAUAAAAAGGCAUGAAGUCAAAUUACUUAGAUAGAAACGAAUUACAUGUGUGUACGAUCAAAUUGAAAAAUCCAUGUUUGAUUUGUAAAAUUAGGGACCGCAAGCCAACAACGGUUUUAUAUGACCAAACUCCUCUCAGGCGAUAACGCGUAAAGGUCUUAAAACAAUUUUCUCCUACACUUUUGAAUCUCCACCAUUCUUCAAUAUGCCAACGGACCGACAGCUGACGUUCACGAAGCUUCAUGAUGAGUUAUGCCCGGGAGGAAAUGACGUAUGUCGUAUGUCUCAACAUAUUCGACAUGUAGAGACAUACGACAUACGUCAGACUUUGUAGCUUUUAGUUAGGUUAAGUAAAGACAUACUGUUAACUUUGUCGGCAAAAAAGUACAGUUUAACUUAUAAUUUAUAAACUAUCUUGUUUUGAUCGCAUGUUUUUGACGGAUAUAUGCAAAAUGAACGUUUAAUAGGGGCCCAUUUGGCUUAUUUUAACUUUUUUUUGUUUUGGAUAUUAUCAAAACUUAUUUUUGUACCAACUUAUUAUUUUGUAAACAAAUCAUGGUUUGAUUGAUUCAAUGGCGUCUUGUUUUGCCUUGUAUCAUUGUAAAUACAUAUCUUUUAGAUUUAUUAUGACAUAAGUUAAUGAUAAGGUCUUAUCCUGUGUUUCAAAUUUAGAAACACUGAGAAAUAUAUACCUAAAUAGAACAUUUCAAAAAGAAUGGAGUCAAACCUCGUACAAAUACGAGUUCUACAGAACAUAACUGAAGUGGUAUUUAGAAUUUGAUAAAAUAAAAUGGACAUGUAUGUAAUAUUAUCCGAGUCAUGUACUUCUCUUAAAUUAAGGAUAUUUCAAUGUUCACUCGAUAUAGUUCAAUAACAUUUAAAACUUUCGCGUUUUGAACACAUAUUAAAUCACAUUUACAAUCGGGUCUAUCGCGAAUUUAUUUUGUUACCUUUAUUAAAAUAUUUUUUUUGGUAAAUAC